AUGAUGCGCGCUCACAUCGAUGUGCUGAGGGACCGUAUUCGAAAUCUGCGCACUGAUCCACAUAAAACCGAGGCUGAAAACUAUGACGAACUCGUCUGCUGCAUUCUGGACAACAAGCUUAUUUUGAAAUUUUGGCUGCAAUCGAUCCUUGAGCAAAUCGUUGUGUCCCUUACGGGGUUGACGCUUCUGGUUUCGGAUACAUAUCCUCUUAUAUUUCUUAUUAUGAUGCGAGCCCACAUCGAUGUGCUGAGGGACCGUAUUCGAAAUCUCCGCAGUGAUCCACAUAAAACAGAGGCUGACAACUAUGACGAGCUCGUCGGCUGCAUUCUGGACCAUAAGCUUAUUUUGCAAUGCUGUAAAAUUAUGCGUCCAGUUAUCUCGGGCAUCAUAUUUGUGCAUUUUCAGCUAGUUGGCGUAGUGCUGGGAGUGACCAUUAUUAACAUUUUUUAUUUCUCGGAUCUAAUUCAUGGCGUUUCCUCGAUUAUUUAUCUUACGGGCAUCUUAUUGGAAUCUUUUCCCUGCUGCUACCUAAGCGAUUUACUUGCCGACGAUAGCAAGGACUUAUCUAAUUUAUUGGCUCAAUCGAACUGGAUCAAUGCCGAGCGCAAAUAUAAGUCCGCCUUGAUGAUAUUUAUACAGCACGUGCAACGGCCGAUUGUAUUUGUAGCCGGUAUCGUCUUUCCUAUCUCAGUUAACAGUAAUAUAAGGAUGGCCAGGUUUGCAUUUAGCGUGAUGACCAUAGUGCAGCAAAUGAACCUGGCCGACCGGUUAAAAUAG